UCCAAGUGGAGAAGGCAGGAGGAGAGACGCAUUAUUGCAGUAGGCUACGGUGCCACAGCACUUUUCACCGGAGAAACUAGCGCACUUCCCCCAAGACGCACAACGCAGAGAGAGAAAACGAGAGAGAGAGACAGAGAGGGAGAGAGUUGUGGGGGGGUGACAGAAAUCAAAUAGAGACAACCGAUUUCUCAUGACCAGACUUCUUAAAAAAAAAAACCUUCAUUUUGAAAUUGCACACAUUUGCCAGUAGCUUUCAGAAAAGGCAGCUCUUCGAGCAGCCAAUCACCGCUGCGUCUCAGCAUCCAGGAGCAGCUCUAAAAGGACUCAGCACCACUUGGUGGAGCAAGAAGGAGCCCUGCAGGAAUCUAAGCAUCCGCGGCUUUCAACUUGAAUGGAUUACAAUUCAGAAGUACUUUUCUCUUGAGCUCGCGUUGUUCUUCUUCACUCCCUGCUCUCCAGUCCAGUCAUCAUACAGUGAAUUAUUAUCCUUUUACGUGUCUCGGUAUUGCGGCACUUUGCUGACGACUUGCAGUAUAAAUGGUCCGCUAGAAGAUCUGCUCCACUGCGCAAAGAACCAACCGCGUCUGUUUACUGUUUAACACGGCACUUUACUCACUUUGAUAAGUGAAAGAUAAGGACUUUCGUUUGGACCAAUUCUUCUAUCUUCUGAUUUUACUGUUUUUUUGUUUUUUCCUGGUACUUCAGACCCGCCCUCUCCUGCCUCGCAGCCCGUCACCCCUCCUCCUUUGCUGUCCGUGAGUCAGUUCAAACAGCUGCAUAGAAGAUGUCUGCCCCAGAUGCUGCCCCAGCUGGAGCCCCUGGAGCUCCAGGUGCCCCAGGUGCUGAUGGAGCCCCAGCAGGCGCACCUGCACCCCCACCCAAUACCACCAGCAAUCGCAGGCUACAGCAGACACAGGCCCAAGUCGAGGAGGUGGUGGAUAUCAUGCGGGUGAACGUGGACAAGGUUUUGGAAAGAGACCAGAAGCUUUCAGAGCUGGAUGACAGAGCAGAUGCUCUCCAGGCUGGAGCCUCCCAGUUCGAAAGCUGCGCAGCCAAGCUAAAGAACAAAUACUGGUGGAAGAACUGCAAGAUGAUGAUCAUGAUGGGUAUCAUUGGAGUCAUUGUGGUUGGAAUAAUAUUCUUGUACUUCUUCUACUGAGCCCAUCAGUACAAAUGGAUAUGAACUUGAGAAUGAAAUGAGAGGGAAGAGAAAACAAAAAAAGAAACCCAAGCAUCCCCCUUAUACCCGUCCUCUCCUUCCUCUCUUCACACAGUCUUCCAUCAAACCAGCUUGCACUUCUACAUGACAGUAGUGUUUCUAGGUGUCUCUGCUCUCUUUGUCCCCCCCCCCUUUCCCUCCCUUCUUGUUGCUUUCUUCCACCGUUUUGAGUCUCACUCACUCUCUCCUGUCUCUGCACCUCAUGUAUUAUUGAAGGACGCAGCAGGCAGAGUGAAAGAGGAAGAACGAAAAGGAAGGAGGGAGAAAGAAACAUCUUGACAUGGGGAACACACGGGGCUGAACCCCAUGAACAGAUCUAAUGGGAGGGAGGGGAUGUACAAUGUGCAGAUGGUGAUUGCGUGCAGGCAAGAGUUUGCAGUUCUUUCUACCCCAGAUACACCAAAGCUUGUUCAUAUUACCUUUUUUGGGAGUCCUACAUUUGUAUAUUGAUAGUAAUGUGUCCAACUAACACACCCCUUCUGUCACAACUGCUACCACCAUUGCUACUUACUAACACAAGGUCAUGUUAGAUUAAGAUUACGAACAUUUCUGUUGUAUGCGCGUAUAUGUAUUUGUGAUCAAGAGCUCUGUAGGUAAUAGCUUUUUCCAAGAUUAGCUGAUAAGCUUUUAUAAGUAACCUUUUCCUUUUCUUUUCCUGCCCGACUUUCCCUUGAGCAGUCUUUUACUUUUUGCAAUGCUAAAGACAGAGAUAAAGAGAGAUAAGAGAUAAAAAAUGUCAAAUGAAAGAGACUGUGUGAGGAUAUAAGGAAAGGAAGAAUUAAUUGAUUCAGGGAAAGGUUGCAAGAAUACUGCAGCAUUUCUUUACUGUAUAAAUAAAACAAACUUAAUUCUGGACUGGUACACAAUUAUUGGUCAAGUUGCAUAACUAUACUUCAUUUUAACUUGGUUUUUGUUCCAUAGGUGGUGGCAUAGUAUUAUGCAAAGAAAGACAGACAAGCAACCACUAACAGACAAUCUAUUGUAUGCAUGAAUCGACUGCUCUGACCCAGAGGAAGGUCUCUUAACUCUGACUCGGACAGAGUCACAGCCAUAGACAGAUGAAUGUGUAGCGUCACAUUUCAGGUACAAAUGCCAACUUGUUUGGAAAGUUAAGUGUUGUUUGGUUGUUUUUUUUAAUUGACCUGAUCUUCAGAAACAGGAAAAUGGGAGAAAUUACAUAAUAAAAUCCGCCAGAUGGCUCACCUGUCAUCGACAGUCUGGUAAGGGCCAAAAUGAGGUGUCUGACUGUGAGUUGCAUGGCAAACAGUGUCCAUAGUUUUGCCUAUUUGUGUGACUUGUAUAUCUGCCAGUUCUGAAUCCAACUGCCGAUUGUACACUUUCUUUUGUUAGCGAUUUAAAAGACUUGUGUAUAAUGUCGUUCUGAUCUGAGAAUUACUGCUUAUGCAAUGCAACGAUGCUCAAGAGUCUGCCAAAUUUUGUUAAUGUCACUUGGCUUUUGAGAGAAAAUAUUCUCUCAAUAUUCAGAGACUGCAAACAACUGCUAAUGUAGUGAACUGUUUAAAAAAACGUAGUAUUGUAUGAAUAGAACAUUAGUGCACAUCAGUCAGAUGAAAAUGUGUUUAUAAAUUCUUUCAUGUUUUCUGGGGUUUGUUGGAUAUGAAAAAAAAAAGCUUUCCUUUCUUUGGACUGACUUUGAGAGUUGAUAAAAUUCAGAAAAUGUUAACUACUUUAUGUGUAAAGUGCAUUCAUGCAUAAUUGUAGCAGUUAGCCAUAAUUAUCUGAUGAUAUUGCACAACAAUAUUAUUAGGUAAUUACCACAAGAUAUGAGAACAUGUUUUGAACCUGAAAAUGCAGUAAGAGAUGCAACUGGAUUUGCAAAACAAGUGCAUGCUUACCACUUUUGCUGAUGCCAAUAAAUAAAUC